UAUGGGAGGCGAGGAGCUUUAAGUUAGUAUGGGUCGCGUGUUAUAGAAACCCGAUCAUCCUGUACUCUUAGUUUGUAAUCCAGGGAGUGUCUUCAGGCUGUGCUCCAACGCCCAGUGGACCUUCCCGAAUAAUACAUUCAAACAAUGUCGUUAACUCUAGGACUACAGCACAUCUCCAAGGCAGUCUCGGAGUCCACAGACGGGGGCGAGACCUUGGAUCUGACAAAAUGGAGCUUUACAGAAGUAAGUGACUCAAGCGCCGUCGAGCUGGCAAGGGUUGGUGCAAAGAGCUCCGAUGAGGCAGGAAUCGUUACACGCGUUGCGCUCAGCAACAACUUGCUGACAUCUCUCCCAAAGAGUUUCCAACUCCUCAUCCGGUUGCGGUACUUAAAUUUGCGGCAAAACUCGUUUGAGAACUUCCCAGACGUGCUUACGAUGCUUCCAUCCCUGGAAAUACUCGACAUUAGUCGAAACCGAAUUGCAGCUCUGCCACUCUUUCCUGGAAAACUUAUAAAUCUGAGGGUCUUUUCGCUGGCAAGAAAUCAGUUAAUGGCGGUACCCACUUACAUAACUAAGUUUCACAAUCUGCGCGUUCUGAAGUUGGACUCUAACCCCAUUGUAUGGCCUCCACCUGAUAUAUGGCGCAUGGACCAUGCCCUCGAUGACAAUGAUGAAGGGGUUAGAUCCUGGUUGGCAAAUUUACAGUCGUGGAUAGCGACCCAUGCAGGGGAGGUGCAACCUUUCGAGGACGCAGAGUAUACUAGUGAUGAUGAGGUUGUCAUAGCUCGCUCACAGCUGGUGCAAGAUGAUGCUGGCAACGGGGUAUUGCUGGCCCAUGGGCGGAGUCAGUCUUUGGAUUUAGCUUCGUCAACCCUCCCCUCGAUCCUUCCUGUUUCCCAUCAAGAGGAGUCGAUAUUCCAACUACAGUCUCCAACAAAGAUCGACGAAGACCCGGCUGUCCAUCGCAGAUCCCGCUCAUCACCCAGCAUGACUCAGCACAUACGUGGCUCAUCUCACAAUACGCCGGACACCCGCUCCCGUCGUUCGAGCUCUCAAUUUUCUCAUGCAGACCAGAGUUAUCGCGAUGCUCACGGCUUUACCGCCGAAGAUCCAGACUUUCAUGUUGACACUGAGACUGCACACAUCGAUUCCGAGCGAAAUCGUUAUUUUCGACGGAUAUCUAAACUCCAUGGCAUUGACACGAAUUUGUCACCGUCACUUCAAUACCUAGUAGAUUCCAUACGAGGGAUACUCUUCUCCCUCACCCAGAUAUACUCGGCAGUGCGAAAUUACGCUGUGUCCGCCGUUGAUGAGCGUGUCGCGACUGCUCUUAGCAAGGUUUUGAACCCAACAAAUAGCUUUCUGAGUGAUCUGAUCAAUGCGCUGGAUGUAUUUGACGCGACGACAGCAUCCAAAGGGUGGCCAUUUGCAUCGGAUCUAUUCCUUCUCCUCAUGGAGAGUUGCUUAGAGAAUCUAACGGUAUUCGGCAAGGUCAUGAGUGUCUUACAGCUUCAGCUGAAGGUUCUUUCAUCUUCUCAUGAUCCCCGAUAUACCCGCACCCUUCUGCUGAUGUUGUAUGGGUCGGCGGCAGAGAUAUCAAACUCAUGGCUCCAAAUGUCUCCUCAUUUGGGUGUAGUGCGAUCUGUCCUUCGUGACGCUCGAACAAAAACACAACCGGAAACCCAGCAACCAAUUUUUGACUCUGGCGCAGCCGUUGCUCAUAUCUCCACAGGCCCAUCGCCAGCAAGAUAUCGUCGCCAUGCAGGUUCAUUCAGUUCGAAUGAUGUACAAAUUGGGAGACACCUUCCGUCCAGGCAGGACACUUCGGAUUCUCCGGUCCCACCACUUAAUCCACCCCCCUCUCGUACACUCUUUCGUAAGUCUUCGCUGUCCAAUGUCUCGCAGAGUGGAUCGACCCCAUUCCCUCUUAACAACGAAGCAACUCACUCCCGGGGAACAUCACAAAGUUCUACAGCAUCGUUUAGUUUUCCGUCACCGUCAUUUCCUACCUCUUCCUCCGCCUCCCCGCCUCUCUUAGCCCCUCGAAAUGCGAUCCGGCGUCAACCCGCUGCACGGCAACGCAGCGACCCUCUCAAUGAGCUUGCCACAGAUCCUGCCAAGCUGGUUGAUCGGGAUUUAGCGAACACACUGGAGAUGGCCGCUCAGAGAGCCAAAAUUGUGUGGGACUUGAUUGACGUCGCACUGACUGAUGAACCGGAUGGUGAUCACGAAAGCUUACUUGGCAACUUGGAAAAAGUCAAAUCCACUACUUCUAAAAUUCUUGACCAUCUAUCAAAUUCGCGAUACGAUGACACCGGCGAAUUUAGCAAGGGAGUAGGCGAAGAUACACACACCUUUGUUAAGAUUGGUGUCCAAAUACUCAUGCAACUCAAGAUACUCGCCACUUCUCGCCCUCUGUCAGAUACACUGAGACAUCACGUUGCAGACUUAGCACUAUCUCUUCAGGAAGUAACCGCAUUUCUGCAUGUCUCGUCAUUUGCACCAGCUACCACACCUCGACCUUUUUCGCCUUCCUUCGAUCGAAUAACUGGUGAUCGUCCGGCUAUUCUUGCAAACGGUGUGGCCACCACUACAUCAAAGCCCUAGAACAUGACUAUAAUCAUCUCCCGUACUCAUGCUCAUUGACCGUUCCCGAUGUAUUUGCAGAAACACAGGUCACAUAUAUCUUAGUUAUUAGUUAGAGUUCCUCAUAAUCAAUAUCACCAACAUCAAGUUCCUCUACC